CUUCUGUCCCUCAUUCCUUGGGUGAGAAGAGUGGCAGCAGGACAUGCACCUAGAGAACAAAGGUGGCAGGCUGACCUCUGGUGUGCUGGAGAUGGAGCUGCAUCAGACUUCGGUUCCCACGAGUGCUGGCCUCGGAGGGCCAGUGCUGGAGGGACGCAGCAACCGCAGGCCCCAGCACGGAGUCAGCAGAGCAGACCCCCCGAGCCCUGACCCCAGUGGGGUGGCCGGACAGAGCUGCUGGGCUCCUGUGGACCAGGAUUUUGGAUCAUUCCUCACAGAGCGGAGGUGUCGCUCUCCUUUACCCCAGUUCUUCAGCUCCAGGUCCGGAGACCCUUGCUUUACAGAAAGUACCCCUUUGCUGAGGAAUUCCUCACAAGAGAAUGGAUGCUGCUGUUUCCAUGGGAAUAACCUAGAAGCCAUGCUUUCCAGGUCACAGUGCAUGCCCACUGACCUUCCAGAGGCUGUCACGCCUGAGGCAUCAUGGGAGAGCGGCUUGGUGGAGUGGGAGGGGCAGAGCGAGGAGGCAGUGGGCUCCUCGGAGAGGCGGGAGCUUCCGGUGGGCGCCCCUGGCAGGCUUCACCUCUCCAGGCCGAGGCACUGUGUGCGGUGGCUGAAAGUCAUGGGGCUGUUUGUCUUUGUGGUGGUGUGCUCCAUUUCAUUUAGCCUGUAUCCAGAUCAAGGAAAGUUCUGGCAGCUGUUGGCCGUGUCGCCCCUGGAAAGCUACUCUGCGAACCUCAGCAGCCGUGCAGACUCCACGCUGCUUCAGGUGGACUUGGCAGGGGCCCUGGAGGUCGGCGGCCGGAGUCAUACCGGGAGAGACGAGCACGUUGUUGUGGAGGUGACCCAGGCCGAGGCUCCAGGCUCCAGGCGGCGGCGGCCACAGCAGGUCACUCACAACUGGACAGUAUUUUUAAAUCCAAGAAGAAGCGAUCGCUUAGUGGUGAGCAGGACCUUUGAGGUGCUGAGCAGAGAAACUGUUUCCAUCAGCAUCCGAGCCUCCCUGCAGCAGACCCAGCUUGUUCCUCUUUUGAUGGCUCAUCAGUACCUCCGUGCGAGCGUGGAGGCACAAGUGAUCGUGGCUGCAGCCAUCCUGGCCGCGGUGUACAUGCUCAUUAUAUUCGAGAUUGUUCACAGAGCACUGGCAGCCAUGUUGGGCUCCCUCGCGGCACUAGCGGCGCUGGCUGUCAUUGGUGAUAGACCCAGCCUGACCCACGUGGUGGAAUGGAUUGAUUUUGAGACCCUGGCCCUGCUGUUUGGCAUGAUGAUCUUAGUAGCCAUAUUUUCAGAAACCGGAUUUUUUGAUUAUUGUGCCGUGAAGGUCCUUAGCAUGUUAUGUGAGGUGCUGAACCUUGAUCCCAGACAAGUGCUCAUUGCAGAAGUGAUCUUCACAAACAUUGGAGGAGCUGCCACCGCCAUUGGGGACCCACCAAAUGUCAUUAUUGUUUCCAACCAGGAGCUGAGGAAGAUGGGCCUGGACUUUGCGGGGUUCACGGCGCACAUGUUUGUUGGGAUUUGCUUCGUUCUCCUGUUCUCCUUCCCUCUCCUCAGACUCCUUUUCUGGAACAGGAAGCUGUACAACAAGGAGCCCAGUGAGAUUGUUGAACUGAAGCACGAGAUACAUGUGUGGCGCCUGACUGCCCAGCGCAUCAGCCCCGCCAGCCGCGAGGAGACGGCAGUACGCGGCCUGCUCCUGGGGAAGGUGCUGGAGCUGCAGCAGCUGCUGGCCCGCCGGCUGCACACCUUCCACAGACAGAUCUCACAGGAAGACAAGAACUGGGAGACCAACAUCCAGGAGCUGGAGAGGAAGCACAGGAUAUCGGACCGGAUCCUGCUUGCCAAAUGCCUCACGGUGCUGGGGUUUGUUAUCUUCAUGUUCUUUCUCAAUUCAUUUUUUCCUGGAAUUCACCUGGAUCUAGGGUGGAUUGCUAUUCUGGGUGCCAUCUGGUUGCUAAUUUUAGCUGAUAUCCAUGAUUUCGAGAUAAUUCUACACCGAGUAGAAUGGGCAACACUUCUGUUCUUUGCAGCACUCUUUGUUCUGAUGGAGGCACUGGCACACCUCCACUUAAUUGAGUAUGUCGGAGAGCAGACUGCUUUGCUAAUAAAGGUGGUCCCAGAGGACCGGCGUCUCGCGGCUGCCAUCGUCCUGGUGGUCUGGGUCUCGGCCCUUGCGUCAUCCCUGAUCGACAACAUCCCCUUCACAGCUACGAUGAUCCCCGUGCUCCUGAGCCUUAGCCGAGACCCCGAGGUCAGCCUGCCUGCACCACCGCUCAUGUAUGCGCUGGCCCUCGGUGCCUGCCUGGGAGGCAACGGGACACUAAUCGGGGCGUCAGCCAACGUCGUCUGUGCAGGGGUUGCGGAGCAGCAUGGCUACGGCUUCUCGUUCAUGGACUUCUUCAGGCUUGGCUUCCCAAUGAUGAUCGUCUCCUGCACAAUCGGCAUGUGUUACCUCCUUGUCGUUCAUGUCGUCAUGGGAUGGAAUUAAUGAUCACAUCAUUUGGUCCCUUACCAAAGCACUACAAAAGUCCCCUGGACCACUCUUGGGAGAAGAAAAUCGGUUAGGAUUGGGGUCCCCUGGGGAGUAGGCCAACGGCACCCACAUUCUUAGUCACCUCAGUGCUGGCAAAUCAUGGCAAACAUGAGACAAUUUACCUGGUAUCCCCCCACAGCACAUGUUUACAUCAAAACACUUCCUGCUUUGCUCUGGAAGACACAAAUGCAGUACCCUCCCCGCCCUCCCUCCCAUGGCUGUGGUAUUCAGUUGUCACACCUCCUGAGACUGUCUACAGUUUUACAUGUACCCACUUCCAUGUUGAAAUUAUACACCCUCUUUCCUGGGAAAGGCUCACAGUGUGAAAGGCAAUAUCUUGCGUUAAGAAUACACUGUUGCUUGCCUCACGGUCUUAGAAUUUGUCAGUCUCUUAGUUUUUCAUUAUUUUACAUUAUAUAAAAUGGCAUUUUAUUCAUGUUUUCCCCUGUAGUUUUGACAUCAUCAGUUAAAAGUCUUCAAAUUCCACUUGCAGAAGGUCAUAAUGCU